CAGCUGCACAGCUUGUUCGAUUAAUUCCCUCUCAGGUCCAAUUCCUCGUAAGUUGCUAUUAUAGAACGAUGAAAAUUACCUUUCGUACAAAUCUUACCGAAAGAUACUUCCAGCCCAAAAUCUUUGGGUGUUACUUUUUCAGACUCCCUGCCAGUCUUUCUGAUUUAGAGCUGCCUUACUGUUAACCUGAUUCUUGCCUUGGUCGUCAAAAGAUGAUCGAGUCGGCAAGCUGGCUCCCGCCAACAUAGCCGAUAGCUCUGUAGAUCGACAAGGCGACACACCACAAGAGGGUCUCCAUGAUUACCCCCCUUACUAGCGAGCUCUUUGAGAAACGAUACGAACGUGACCUACUUGAGGAGAAAGAUCUGUUUAACUGUUGCACGCAAAUAUACUUUUACGAAGUUAUGAUACACACGGAUAAAUCAAAGGAAUUCCUCUACCCAUUGAUGCAGAGUUCACUCAGGUUUAUUGGCAUCUGGGGCUACUUCAGCUGAUUGACAACAAUCUGUAGCUGGUUUCUUCAUCUAUCCUUGCAUCAUGAGUUUUAGGCGUCAAAAGCGAUUCUUCUAUUUGCUUAUUAUAGGAACAGCCUUUCUUUUCCUGAUUUACAUCACUGGCUAUACUCCUGUUCUCUUCGGUAGCGAUCCACAUGUAAAACGUCCACAUAUUCGAUUUGAGGAUGUGGCUGAUCAGAUUGAUCAUCGAAAGCCAAGGAUCAUGAUCAACUGGAUUGGGCGCAUGGGCAACCAUCUGUUUGAGUAUGCCUGUCUUUUGGGCAUAGCCAAGUGGAACAAUAUGACACCAAUAAUUUCACCCACUGUUGAUAUUCUUGAUGUCUUUAACUUGCCUGCUCCACAGGGAUCUCUGUCUCUUCUUCGAGAUCCUAUCAAUUACUUUUAUCCAGUUGCAGCCAAGUUUGACAAUGCAACAAUGCAUCUUCAGCAAAGGGAUUAUUAUCUUACAGGCUACCGUCAGUCCUGGAAAUACUUUGAACAUGUUAAAGAGGAUCUUUUGAACAAUCACUUUGUGUUUCAUGAGCCCAUUUUGGCUACUGCUAUGUCCUAUAUAAAUGCAGCACGUAAGGAGAAGAAUAAACCUGAUGCUGUUAUUGUUGGGGUGCAUGUUAGGCGAGGCGAUUUUGUGCGGCAGCGUAUCAAAGGAUUUACUGUUGCUCCAAUCCCAUUUUACUUCAAGACUAUGAAUUAUUUUCGAAGAAAGUACCCGAAUGUUCUCUUUAUUAUCUGCACCAAUGACUAUUUUUGGGCACUGGAUAAUCUGGACCAUGGACCUGAUGUAUUUUAUUCCACUAACACAGAUGGUGCUGUUGAUCUUGCAAUUAUGGCAAACUGCGAUCAUAUGAUCAUUACAUCUGGGACAUAUUCCUGGUGGGCAGGGUAUCUAGUGAGAGGGGAAGUAAUAUAUUACAAAGGCUAUCCUGAGCCAAAUACAAUAAUAGGUAAUCAGACUGUGAGGGAAGAUUAUUACCCACCCAACUGGAUAGGGAUGUAGAUGUGCUUUUUUAUGUUAGAUUAUUUGCAAACAUCACAUUAUCAUGAGCAGUAUUCUUUAAGUCAUUUUAGUAAAUAUUUCAAAUGUGAUCAGUCCAAAGCAUAAGAACAAUAUUAUUUAAGGAGUACAUAAAGUGCAACUUUUUGCAAAGCACAGUCAAUAUCAGAAUUGCAAAUUUUCCAAAAUCUUUUGUUGUUUGAGUAGUACUGUUGAGUGCUGGGAGCACUUGCAUGCACUAUUUGUUUUGUGGAUCAGGUGAUGAAGGCAAAAGUCAUCUACAACUUGCAUUUAUGUUUUAAUGUUUUAUGAACUUUUGCAACAUCAUACUUUUGUGGAUAUGUUUCUGUUCAUCAAGGUAUUGUUAGUUCAGCCUUAUAGAUCAGAUGAUGAAGGCAAAAGUCAUCUACAACUUGUGUUGAUGUUUUAAUGUUUUAUGACCUUUUGAAACAUCAUAUUUUUGUGGAUAUGUUUCUAUUCAUCAAGGUAUUGUUACUUCAGCCUUGUAUUCACAUAUUACUGAAAGACUUUUAAGUAAAAAAGCGAAGAUCAGGGUUAGUAAGUGCUCAUGAAAGUAGAAGAGAAGAGGCACAGACUGCACAUGAACUGGACUGCUGGCAGUCUACUAAGGUCACUGCUUAGCCUUUAGCAAAGUGCUAAGCAGUCAGUUGAGCCUUUCCAAAGCCAACAUCAGGAACCAUAGCAGUUGAGUAUAAAGUGCACUAAAAAUCUUGAUUUAAAAAAAUAUUUACCUUGAGUAUGUUGUUUAAUUUUUUACUUUUUUUAAUUUUCGUGUUAGCAUAAGUUGUCAACUUUCUCUCCUGCUUAGAGGCAAUAAACCCAAACACUACAGACCUUAAAGCUUGAGAAUUUUUUUUUUUACCUCUGUGAACACAAAAGCUCAAUUCUUCUGUGUUACCAGUAAAACCAGAAAUUUGUUCAAUAAAGCCAUGUUCUAGGAGAUAACAUGAAAAGUUUGACUGCAUUUUCAGAUCUCUUUCAUCCCACGGGACAAAUGACAGGUCUGUGCACACUUAAAUAUUGCACAUUUAGCUGUAAUGGCUUUCUGUGACAAUUUAGCUGAAGAAUUUCUUUCACGUUAAAUACACUUGUAUGUCUAGCUGUACUUGUGUGGACAGUAGGUAAGCAUGAAAAAAAUUUUGGAUAAUAACAGUAAUAACCAGUAACGUUUACAUUAAAUGUGACAUGCACUGAGCACCCAAAACUGUUUGGAUGUUAGCAGCAAGACUGGCAUGUGAACUUCAGGUUUAUGGGAUGCAUAUGUAAGAUUCUUUCUCCAAUAAAGUCCUUUGAUUUUAAUUAAGAGUGUGCAGUGCUAAGUUUAAAACGUUUUGAAAAUAAAAUUCAAUUGAUAAAAUUUUA